CCCUCCUCUUGGUGGGCCAUAUCCCUUAUACUUGCCGUUUCAUCUCUUUUAGGCAAAAGAAACCCCGAAAAAGAUGGGGAAGUCACUCAAAUGUGUCUCCUGCUCUAGUAGACUCCCUGACGGCUACCCCAAAAAACUGUGCAAGCCUUGUAUCUCAAAUAUCGUACGGGAUGAGGCACCCUCCCUAAAAGAGGAGUUAAAAACUAUGAUUCAGGAGGAGAUCCGUUCAUCCCUGGCCCACCUGUCCGCUAAUCCCCCCGAUUUGCCGCAACCAAAGAAGAAGCGGGCUAGAUCCCCAUCCCCCUCUGAUAUAGAAGUCGUUGCGGAGGAAAGUGCCCACUCUGUUAAGUCUUGGGAGGAGGGGGAGAGAGUCUCUGACUCAGAAGACGAUGGACGUAGAUAUUAUUUUUCUACGGAAGAAAUGUCCGACCUUCUGAAGGCUGUAAGGUCGACCAUGGGUGUGGAGGAGGUACAACGUACCCAUUCGGUACAAGAGGAGAUGUUUGGGGGCCUGAGGGUUAAGAAGACCCGUGUGUUUCCCAUCAAUGAAAGCAUUAGGGAUAUGAUCCUUGAUGAGUGGACAGACCCAGAAAAACGACUGGGAGUCCCGGCAACGUUCAAAAAUAGGUUGCUAUUUGAUCCGGAGGAAUCUAAAAUUUUCAAUGAAAUUCCCAAGAUUGAUGUACAGGUGGCCAAAGUGAACAAAAAGACGUCCCUUCCAUUCGAGGAUGCCUCCCAACUCAAAGAUUCAAUGGAUCGUAAGGCGGACAGUCUCCUCAGGAAAUCCUGGGAGGCGGCCAUGUUUAACGUUAAAACCAAUAUUGCGGCUACUUCAGUCGCCCGGUCCAUGUAUCUUUGGUUGGGAGAGUUGGAAACUCAUAUUAAAGACAGAGCGUCUAGGGAGCAGAUUCUGGAGUCUCUCCCCCUUUUAAAGUCGGCCACGGCUUUCCUGGCGGAUGCCUCUGCCGAAUCAGUUCGGUUCUCCGCCAGAGAUGCAGCACUCUCCAAUGCAGCUAGGAGAGCCCUCUGGAUGAAGUGUUGGUCGGGGGAUAAGACAUCUAAGUUAAAGCUUUGCUCCAUCCCCUUUUCCGGAGAAUACGUGUUUGGCCCGGUGCUAGAUAAGAUCCUAGAGAAGGCCGCGGAUAAGAAGAAGGGGUUUCCGGAAGAUCGCCCUUCCAAACGUCGGUAUCCUUUUCGCCCCCCCUCGGGUCAAGAAAGGAGCUACAGGGGAAAAGGGAAAUCAGGGCGUUGGAGUUACCCAAAAGGAGGAAGAGGAAGAGGUCAGUCCUUCUCCCAGCAGAAACCUUCAGAUAAGCAAUGA